CUCUGCUUAGCGGUUUUUUCUUGAACGCCGCAGAAGGCUGGUACAGAAGGUGAAGUUGGAGAAUAUGGCAGCUGGCAAAGCACAGAUUGGCAAACUUGCCCCUGACUUCACAGCCAAGGCAGUGAUGCCUGAUGGCCAGUUUAAGGACCUUAAGUUGUCUGAUUACAGAGGGAAGUACUUAGUGCUGUUCUUUUACCCUCUGGACUUUACCUUUGUGUGCCCUACCGAGAUCAUCGCCUUUAGUGAUGCUGCUGAGGAGUUCAAGAAGAUCGACUGCGAGGUCAUUGGUGCCUCUGUUGACUCGCACUUUUGCCAUCUUGCCUGGAUUAACACCCCUAGGAAGCAAGGUGGUUUAGGACAUAUGAAGAUCCCUCUGGUAGCUGACUCCAAACGAACCAUCUCCCAAGAUUAUGGAAUUCUGAAGGAAGAUGAAGGCAUUGCUUACAGAGGUCUUUUCAUCAUUGACGACAAAGGCAUCCUGAGGCAGAUAACCAUCAAUGACCUGCCAGUAGGCCGUUCUGUUGAUGAGACACUACGUCUGGUUCAGGCUUUUCAGUUCACCGACAAACACGGUGAAGUUUGCCCAGCCGGAUGGAAGCCCGGGAAGGACACAAUCAAGCCAGACGUCAAUAAGAGCAAAGAUUUCUUCUCCAAACAAAACUAAACACACAAGAUUCUGCAGCCUAGUCUAGCAGUCCCCACACUGGCACUUGUAUAGGACCAUAAGACCAUAAUUAUGACCUUGUUAAGCCUAAAAUUAGUGUGUAGUGCUUUUAAGUGUUAUUUACAUUGUGUGACAUUCUCAAGCAUGUUUAUUUUGCUGGCUUUUUUAUUGUUUAUUGUUUACACCAUCUUUUCAUUUUCACAUUAAAAACAUAAAUAUAAA